UAUCCACUAAAAUAAUAAAUGUAGCAUGGCCAAGACAGUCAGCUGUUGUCCGACACAAACACAACAGCGAGGAGAAGGAGAGACGUGUGUAGUGAAGAGACAACUGAUUACAUUAACAAAUUGGGCACUAUAGUCAUGGAGGAAGGGAGCAAACGGGAUUGUGAAGAAGAUGGCCACUCUGUACCUGAAAAGAUCAUGAGAAUGGAUGCUACAGAUACUGUGGAGAGUAAUGAAAAUAGAGCCAAUGUCCUUGCUCAGUUCCAAUCAGAGUCUGGUGAUACAGCUGGGCCCCCAAUAGAGUUGCCUCUGACGCUGGCUCGUGAUAAACUUCAGCAAAUUCUUAAUGUACUUCUAAAGCAGGAGGACCACACCCCAUACAGCUUUUAUGUUAAUGAAAAAGAAGUGACCACUGAUCUUAAUGGAGUGGUGAACUCGUCAACAAGUGAGGAGAAAGUGAUGACCAUUCUUUACCAGCCUCAGGCAGUGUUCAGAGUACGAGCUGUUACCAGGUGUACCUCCUCCUUACCCGGUCAUGCAGAAGCUGUUCUCUCGGCAUCUUUUAGUCCCGAUGGACAACAUUUGGCCUCUGGUUCUGGGGACACCACUGUGCGCUUCUGGGAUAUUAACACUGAAACACCACACUUCACAUGCAAAGGCCAUCGGCAUUGGGUGUUGGUCACAGCAUGGUCCCCUGAUGGUGAACGUUUAGCUUCUGGAUGUAAAUCUGGACAAAUCUUCAUUUGGGACCCCAAAACAGGAAAACAGACAGGUCGGGCACUAACUGGCCACAAGCAGUGGGUUACGGCACUGUGCUGGGAACCUCUCCAUUUGACCAACAAUGGUGAGAGCACAAGAUUAGCAUCAGCUGGAAAGGAUGGAGAUGUCAGAAUAUGGAAUACUAUACUUAGCUCUUGUGAAAAGGUGCUAACAAACCACCUUCAAAGUGUGACAGCUUUACGUUGGAGUGGUGAAGGUCUUCUAUACUCUGCCUCCCAAGAUAGAACCAUAAAAGUCUGGAGAGCUUCAGAUGGUGUAAUGUGCCGGACAUUACAAGGACAUGGCCAUUGGGUAAAUACAUUAGCCCUCAAUACCGACUAUGUUCUGAGAACUGGGGCAUGUGAUCCUCAGGCAUUAAUGAAGCCCUCACCUGAAGUGACUGCUCCUGAGAAAAGACUAUCAUAUGCUGAAAAACGUUACAAAGAAGUUCUAGCAGUUGCUGGCGGAGUUGAGCGGUUAGCAUCUGGCUCUGAUGAUUUUACAAUAUUUCUCUGGGAACCUGCUAAGGAUCGCAAACCAAUUGAGCGUAUGACUGGGCACCAACAGCUGGUGAAUGAUGUCAAGUUCUCACCUAACACCCGUAUCAUAGCAUCGGCGUCGUUUGAUAAGAGCAUAAGAUUGUGGAAUGGAUUUACUGGAAAGUUUAUAGCUGUCUUACGAGGACAUGUCAAUGGUGUGUACCAAAUAGCAUGGUCUGCUGACUCCAGACUUCUUGUUAGUGGCAGUAAAGAUUCAACACUUAAAGUUUGGAACAUGUCAACAAAGAAAAUAGAAAUGGAUCUUCCUGGUCAUGCAGAUGAGGUGUUUACAGUGGACUGGUCCCCCGACGGCCAGAGGGUUGUUAGUGGAGGGAAGGAUAAAAUUCUGAAGAUAUGGAGACGGUAAAACACCCAUUUCUUCAGGAAAAAAUCAGUGACCAAUAAAAGCCAAUUUUAUAUGGAA